GAGGACGCAUCUCGGACGAUUGCGUGAUUUUAAAAAAACAAAACUAACAUUAGAAUGGACACGGUGAACACUUCUCCCGCUGAUUCCACUGGGACGGUGACGGGAAUGAGUCAUUUAAUGGAGAAAUACACGGACUUGGGUUUUGGGCACGGCAGGGUCUCGCUGCGUAAUUUUGGAGACGCGGGGACUUUACGCGGCAGCGCGCCCGCAUCGAGCAGCGAUGCUUUGGAUCACCUUUCUGCGCUGGACUUGCCUCUCGGUACCAAACCUUACACUGAACACAUAGACGACUUUCUAAAAGCAGAAACCGGACAGUGGAACGCAAAGACAGAUUGUCCGGAGAGUUCGUAUAUUAAAGAUGAUAAGGAGCUAAAUCUCAUCAUGGAGCCACCGAACCCUGAUUUCGACAUCACCGUGUUGGAAAGCUGCUACGACUCCACCGAGAGGAAACAACAGUGUGAGUUUAUUGAGGAGUCCUCAGCUUUAAUCUCAUCUCAAGCGAUCCAACAGGUGGUUGUGGACAGUUCCUCUAACUUUCAGUUGGAUAUGAAUCAGACUACACUUGUUUUGCCUCCUCCGAGAACAGUGUCAGCUUCUCUCGAUAGAGGUUUGUUGAAUUUCGACGUACCGAGCGCGACACACAUGAUGUCCAAAGCGGACAUCUCCAAAUGGAUGUCCGCGGCGGACUCUCCGUUCUGGUAUCAGUCCGCCAAUGAAGAGCACGCUGGAUACACACCCGAUUGCCUUAUCCCGCGCUCACAGACAGCAUACACCGCAUUCUCCGGGGUCCCAUCUCAAAGACAGUGUGUUAUCUGUGGAGAUGAGGCUUCUGGUUGUCAUUAUGGAGUUCUGACCUGUGGAAGCUGCAAGGUGUUUUUCAAGAGAGCUGUUGAGGGUCAUCAUAACUACCUGUGCGCCGGACGAAAUGACUGCAUUGUUGAUAAAAUCAGGAGGAAAAAUUGUCCCGCAUGUCGUCUUCGAAAGUGCUACCAGGCAGGGAUGAUGCUUGGAGGCCGUAAGAUGAAGCGGUUUGCGGGACUGAAGGUCAUGGGUCUGAGUCCUUCGCUGAUGUUCCAGAGUCCGUUAUCUCUGCUGACUGACGGUCAGACUCUGUCCUCUUUGCCCUGCAUGUCAGCCAUGCGUGAGCUCCAGCUGUCUCCGCAGAUGAUCAGCAUCCUGGAGAACAUCGAGCCGCAGGUGGUUUACUCCGGAUACGACAACACACAGCCAGAGGUUCCUCACCUCCUCCUCAACAGCCUCAACAGACUCUGUGAGCGUCAGCUGCUCUGGAUUGUCAGAUGGUCCAAAUCUCUUCCAGGUUUUCGUAAUUUGCACAUCAAUGACCAGAUGACACUAAUUCAGUAUUCCUGGAUGGGCUUGAUGUUGUUCUCGCUGGGUUGGAGAACCUUUCAGAAUGUCACCCCUGAUUAUCUGUAUUUUGCACCCGAUCUUGUCCUGAGCAAUGAUCAGCUGAGAAGGUCUCCGAUCUACGACCUGUGCUUGGCUAUGCAGUUUGUCCCACAGGAAUUCGCCAACUUGCAAGUGACCAAAGAGGAGUUUCUGUGCAUGAAGGCUUUGAUGCUCCUCAACACUGUUCCUCUGGAGGGCUUGAAGAGUCAAACACAGUUUGAUGAAAUGAGGCAGAACUACAUCUGCGAGCUGUCCAAAGCCAUCCAGCUAAAGGAGAAAGGAGUGGUGGCCAGUUCACAGAGAUUCUACCAUCUGACCAAACUCAUGGACAACAUGCAUGAGAUUGUGAAGAAGGUCAAUCUCUACUGUCUGAGCACAUUCAUCCAGGCGGACGCCAUGAAGGUGGAGUUUCCAGAGAUGAUGACCGAGGUCAUCGCAUCACAGCUGCCCAAAGUCUUGGCAGGAAUGGUCAAACCGCUGAUGUUUCACCACAAAUGAAGGCCGACCGGACGAUUGGGGGCCACUCAUGUCUCGUCUACUCGAUAAAAACACGACACCUUUCCAUAUACAGAUUUAAAGUGUUCGUUGAAAGUCCACAUAUUUUCAGAGUGGAGAAAGAAUUAGAAUCAGUCCCACUGUGAAAAGUGAUGUGUUGACAAAAGAAAGUUAGUAAAGUUGUUACAUUUAACCAUGAACUAUGUGGAUAAUUAUUUAAAUUACGUCAAAUCGCUUUUUACAGUGUACACUACUGGACAAAAGUCUUGUCGCCUAUCCAAGUUUUAGAGACAACAAAUAAGAACUUUACUUCUAGUUGAUCAUUUGCUAUCUGAAUGAGCUUAUAUAAAAGGCAAAGUCCUUAAGAUUACACUUAUUUUACCAAAAUAAAAUAUAAUAAUGAUUUUGAAUAAUUUAAUUAGGAUAGUAAGGUCUGACUUUGCUUAGACAAAAGUCUUGAAAAUUAAAAUAAUUAUUUAGAGUAUAGAAUAUAAAGUCAUGCUGCAGUGGAAACAGAAUUAACAUUGUGUAUGACUCCCAUGAGCUUGGAGGACUGCAUCCAUACAUUUCUAACUUACAUCACUUAUUAAUAAAGUCAUCUGGAAUGGCAAAGAAAGCGCCCUUGUGGCAAAGAAAGUUCACCCAGAGUUCAUCAAGAUUCUUUGGAUUCAUCUUCAAUGCCUCCUCCUUCAUCUUACCCCAGACAUGCUCAAUAAUGUUCAUGUCUGGUGACUGGGCUGGCCAAUCCUGGAGCACCUUGACCUUCUUUGCUUUCAGGAGCAAUGUGGAGGCUGAAGUAUGAGAAGGAGCACUAUCCUGCUGAAGAAUUUGCCCUCUCCUGUGGUUUGUAAUAAAAUGAGCAGCACAGAUGUCUUGAUACCUCAGGUUGUUGAUGUUGCCAUCAUCUCUGCAGAUCUCUCGCACACCCCCAUACUGAAUGUAUCCCCACACCAUGAUUUUUUCUUCACCAAACUUGACUGAUUUCUGUGAGAAUUUUGGGUUCAUGCAGAUUCCAGUAGGCUUUCUGCAGUAUUUGUGAUGAUUAUGAUGCAGUUCAGCAGAUGAUUCAUCUGAAAAAUCUACCUUCUGCCCCUUUCCCAAAUGAUCAACUAGAAGUCAAGUUAAUAUUUGUUGCUCUUAGCUUUGGGAUCAACGACAAUACUUUAAUCAGGUAGUGUGUAUAUUUUACCUUGUUAUUAAACUUGCUACAAUGAAAUACAUUUGGUGUAUAACUGACUUCAUUUUCACUUCGGAAUUGUCACAGGAAGUAACACGAAUGAAUUAAAUGUGAAAUUUUUAAACUA